CCCACGAACGGAUCGGCCACACUCCCACACGCGCACGGAGGGAGACCCCAUCUCUCUCCUCUCCUCUCCUCUCCUCGCCGGCGUUCUGUCUGCCGCAUUGCGAAUUCGAAUUCGAAUUCGAAUUAGAGCCCGAUUCCUCCCCUCUCUCUCUCUCUCUCUCCUCUCUUCCGCACGCGGCGAGCGGAGGCCCGGUGAGGACCGCCCGGAUCGACAGGAUGCAGCAGAAGCCGGACGACGCCAUGGAGGAGGCGGCGGCGGCGCCCAAGGCGGCAGCGGUUACAGCAGGGCCGGAGCUAGGGUUCUGGUUGGCGGCACGGCGGCGGCUCGCCCCCGACGACCCCUUCUUCGCCGCCGGGGACCUCGAGCGCGAGCUCCUUGCCAAGCACCUUGCCCUGGAUCUCUCUGAAGAUGACCGCGACCAGCUUGAGAAGAUGGAAGUGGCCAGCACGUGCACAGUGUUUUGCCCAAUUGCUGGUUGUGGUGCCCAUCUAGAUUGUUUGGAGGAGUUUGAGGACCACUAUGUCACUCGCCAUACUGCUUCAUGCUCUGUAUGUUCACGAGUUUAUCCAACUUCAAGGUUGCUGAGCAUCCAUGUUUCUGAGGCACACGACUCGUAUUUCCAAGCAAAAGUUGCCCGUGGUUUUCCAAUGUAUGAGUGUUUGGUGGAGGGUUGUGGUAUGAAAUUGAAGAGUUACAAGAGUCGGCUGCAGCAUCUCAUCGAUAAGCAUCAAUUUCCCAAAUCAUUUGAGUUCUUCAAAAAGGCACGGGCCUCCCAGCGUCAGCGGCAAAAGUCCCAGAGGAGGCAAACUGCUCACAAGGGUGAAGAGACAAGGGAUAAUUCAAUGGAUGUCGAUGGAAAAGGUGCAAGGCAAACAAACCAGAGGUACCGGCAGAAGCAACAUGAUCAUAAUGAAUUAAAAGAGAGCAAGCAGCAGCAUAAGGAGGCCAAGGAGAACGAAAUGGAGGUCGAGCAGAAGAUUGAUGAGCUCACCUCUGCUGUAUCGAAGUUGAGCACAGCAGAUUCUACACCUGCAAAGGUAACCUUUGGCCACCGUCGCUCUCGUGGCCUUACGUUUGUGCCAAGGUCAAUCAGGCAGAACAAGCAGGCGGUCCCAGCUGGAAGCAACAAAUGACUAACCACUGUUAUUGGUCUUUUGGUAGUUCCAGAAUCUGGCCUGGAGCUUUUCACUUUGUAUGAAUGUUUGAUCGGAUGUUGUAAUGUACACAGAAGCUCAGGCUUCCACUGAUAUCCUUGGAUCACAAGUGGGAAACGUUUUCUUGGCUGUGGCAAAUUUUGCUAUGAUGUAAUGAUGUUACUGAUUUGCAGUGUGUGACAGUAUUGCAGAGGAAUCUACCAUAGGGAUCAUGGGAUUAAAGUUUUCCAUUGCUUUGGCACA